GGGGAAAGAUGGCGGCGGCCCUGGAACCGUCUGGGUGGUGGCAGCGGUGGCGGCGGCGUUUGUCGGCUCGGGAUGGGUCUAGGAUGUUGCUCCUUCUCCUUUUGUUGGGGUCUGGGCAGGGGCCACGGCAAGUCAGGGCGGGUCAAACGUUCGAGUACUUGAAACGGGAGCACUCGCUGUCGAAGCCCUACCAGGGUGUAGGCACAAGCAGUUCCUCCCUGUGGAAUCUGAUGGGCAAUGCCAUGGUGAUGACCCAGUAUAUCCGCCUUACCCCAGAUAUGCAAAGUAAACAGGGUGCCCUGUGGAACCGGGUGCCAUGUUUCCUGAGAGACUGGGAGUUGCAGGUGCACUUCAAAAUCCACGGUCAAGGGAAGAAGAACCUGCACGGGGAUGGCUUGGCGAUCUGGUACACGAAGGAUCGGAUGCAGCCAGGGCCUGUGUUUGGAAACAUGGACAAAUUUGUGGGGCUGGGAGUAUUUGUAGACACGUAUCCCAAUGAGGAGAAGCAGCAAGAGGCCCAGAAGAGGCGAUAUUCUCCCGGAGUCCAGCGGGUUUUCCCCUACAUCUCAGCCAUGGUGAACAAUGGCUCCCUCAGCUAUGACCACGAGCGGGACGGGCGGCCUACAGAGCUGGGGGGCUGUACGGCCAUUAUCCGCAAUCUCCAUUAUGACACCUUCCUUGUGAUUCGCUAUGUCAAGAGGCAUUUGACGAUAAUGAUGGACAUCGAUGGCAAGCAUGAGUGGAGGGACUGCAUAGAGGUGCCCGGUGUCCGCCUGCCCCGGGGCUACUACUUCGGCACCUCCUCCAUCACUGGGGAUCUCUCGGACAACCAUGACGUCAUUUCCCUGAAGUUGUUUGAGCUGACGGUGGAGAGAACCCCAGAAGAGGAGAAGCUGCAUCGAGAUGUGUUCCUGCCCUCGGUGGACAACAUGAAACUGCCCGAGAUGACAGCCCCGCUGCUGCCCCUGAGUGGCCUGGCCCUCUUUCUCAUCGUCUUUUUCUCUUUGGUGUUUUCCGUAUUUGCCAUUGUCAUUGGGCUCAUACUCUACAACAAAUGGCAGGAUCAGAGCCGAAAGCGCUUCUACUGAGCCCUCCUGCGACCACGACCUCUGUGACUGUCACCCAGGAGUAUGGGAGGAGCAGGCACCGGCCUGAGCACAUAGCCAGGCGGGUCUUCUCUCGUCUCCAGCAGCUGGUCAGGGGCUCGGUUCUGUCACUGGAGCUUUGACUGCAGGGACGCUGCGUUCCCAUGGUCACCCAUGAGGACGUCUAACUCUGGAUCAGGAAGCCCACCCCCCCGGGCAACGCUGCUGUGAUGUGCCUUUCCCCAUAGUCCUGCCACUUGGGAGCGAAGAGGGAUGGAGAGAACAUAGGCUGUCAUGAUGCCAAAACCACCGGAAAGAGUUUCAUAGCCCAGGCUGCCUUGUUGUUGGGCUCAGAGGACCCUCGUACUUCAUUCUUAAAUCUGCAAAGACUAGAAAACUGAUAACUCCUCCUACCUUCCAGCCAUCCAUCCACUGGUUUUUGCUUUUUGUCUAAGCCUCUCUCCACCUGAGUAGCUUUCCUUGGAAAUCUGGAUGGAAGCUUCUUCCCUGCCUCGCCUUCCGCUCCCUCCAUUCACUGUCCUCUGCAGAUGCAGCCUGAGCUGGAAAAGACGUCUGGCUGCCUCUCUACUGGGGCCGCAGAACAAGCUUGAGGUUCACUGACCCUCAUUAGGUGGCCGCAGGGAGGGGGCGUUCUGCUGGGGCUCACUGCUCUAGCCUUUGUUCCUGCGGGUGGAUCUUGGUUCUGUUGGUGUGUUCGUGACCCUCCCAAUUAGGUCCCUUUAGGCCCUCAGCCAGGUUUGGCUGAAAGCUGGUGUGCAGGUCAAGAGAAGCUUGGGAGACGUCACCGAUGCAGUGGGACUAACUGUGAAACUGACUGCUCCACGGUUUGACACCGAAAGCAACAUCUGUCACAUGAUCUGACCACGUGGAGAUGUUUCUGGACUCUCUGGAGCCUGCUUAGCUGCAUGUUUUGUGUUCAUCAUAAUUUUUGGAAUCCUACUUAGAGUGUUCAAAAUGUAAGGAAACUUUCUUCUUAUAGCCUGAGCUUGGAUACUCCGCAAAGAGGAAACCUGGCUUCUCCUUCUUAACGGACAAGGAAUGGUUGUUGUAAAUCUGGAAGCAGUAGACCCCCGUCAUCUGUGCCUGGAAGAGUUCAUUGUCAUUUGAGCAGCCGAGCCUGAGUGUCCUCCUCUGUGGGUCAGCCCUGAUUCUACUGCCUUACCUGAUGCGGGGUCACGUGCUGCUCACCUGUCUGCCCUGUGAUUCCAUUGCUAACAGGCCGGAGGCUCCCUGGAGGGCUUGGACUCUGAGCUCUCCUAGCCCUGUGCUCUGUAGCCUGAGGGAAAGUCUUAACAUGGCUGAUGGAAACCAAA